CUCCCCCAACCUCAAACAAGGCAUACUCCGUCAUCACGCAUUAUCAGUGAGCAUAGCUCAUGUAUUCGGUAUAGUUGCAUGUUGAAGGAACUUCAUUGUUUGAGACCUUGCACGUGCAAAUCAACCAAAGACUGAUUCCAAAACACUGCUGUUCUUUCUGUCCAAAAUGGUGAAGAUAUUUGUUGGCAAUGUAGCUUCCGCGACCACCGAAGACGAGCUCCGUGCUUUGUUCGAGAAGUAUGGCCCGGUGUCUGACUGUGAUAUUCUGAAAAACUAUGGCUUCGUGCACAUGGAUGAGGAAGAGGCGGCGCAAAAGGCCGUCGCCGCUUUGCACAAGCACGAGGUCAACGGCUCUCGCAUCACCGUCGAGUAUGCCACCACCAAGGUACGCAAUGCAACCAAGAUCUACGUGGGCAAUGUUCCUGAGGGCGUCACGGCCCCCAAAAUCAAGGAGCUCUUCCAGCCGUUUGGCAAGGUUGUGGAGUGCGAUAUUGUGAAGAAUUACGCAUUCGUUCACAUGCAGAGGGAAAGCGAGGCUCUGGAGGCCAUUUCAGAGCUUAACCACUCCAAAGUGGAGGGCCAAAAGAUCUUUGUGUCUCUCUCCCGCAGUAACCCAUCCAGAAACGGCCGAGAGGAUGACUAUUAUCCUCCUCCGCCCCCGCAUCACUAUCCACCUCACCCACACCAUCAUCCUCACUUUCUCCCCCCACGCCCGCCGCCCCGUGACUACUAUCCGCCUCGUGGCCGACUUCCACCACCUCCUCUCCCACCGCCGCCGCCCCGCGCCUACUACGAGCGAGAUGUGUAUGAGAGGGGCCCUCGCCACGACCCGUACGCUGCCCCAUCCCCGCGUUUUUACGAACGGGAUCCAUAUGAACGGCGCCCUCCGCCCCCUCAGCGACCAGUCACACCUCCUCUCGCCGGGCGCUACUAUCGUGAGCGCAGCCCUCUCGGCAGUCGCCGCUCUCUCCUGCCUCCGCCUCCCCCACCACCCUCUUCUGCCGGCUUCGCCCGUGGUUUCGCCCGCAAUGGCGCUAGCUCAGCACCCCCUCCCCCUCCCGCCGCUCCUUCCUCCCACUACCAUCGCUACUCUCUCGGCUCAGGCUUUGAUAAGGAUGAUUAUUUGGAGGACAAGUACAGCAAUGGCUUCAGCCGUAGCUACUAAGCAUUGAAGUUUGUCCGUCCCUUUUUUAUUAUCGAGGAGCCGAGUAAUCUAAGAGGGGCGUGACUUCAGGGAGUUAGGGGUGAAUUUUUGUAAUAUUCUGUGUUCGUUGUAGCUAUUUUAGAUAACGGGUUAAUCAGCUAAUACUGUUCUCAUUUAACUAAUAGAUUUACGUCCGCCCGAUGAAGGAACGGCAAAUAGGAAGUUAAAUACACCUGUUUCAGAGUUUUAUAGCAUGUUUUGUUGUACUAUAUUUGCCAGCCAUAUCGGUUGAGUAUUUUCUUAAAUUUCGUUAUUUUAUUUUUUUUGGCAUAUCACAUUUUUAGUUCAUUUUACUCUGGCAUGCACUAAAUAAAUAAUAAUUCGCUUGAACAUAUAUAUAGAGAGAUUUUUUUGCAUUGAUAUUUCAACAUGCAUAGCCUACCCAACAGGAAAUUGAUCGUUUUAAAUGUUUGCCUGUUUUUUUCUGUUUAGUAUUUAGGAAUAUUCAACUGUUGUCACUGUCUUUUGCAUGAAUCGGGCAAGUUAAUUUGGAGAUAUUUCGAAUUUUCAUCAUUGGUCUUCGCAACUAAAUUAUAUUAAUUCUGUCUUUUCUUUUGAGAGAUUUUUUUAUUUUUUUUUAUGAAUUUCUGCUCUGGACUACCUUUAUGUUGGCAAAUUAACUUAUGUUGUUAGAAGUAAUGCUGGAUGUAAGUGAGACCAGUGGGAAGGAACAGAGGAAACGGGUAAAGAGGUGGUUGUGGGCGGAGCUGUAUGCUAUAACUGACUGAUCAACCAAUCACAUCCUACCGGCUAACCGAGCACAUCGCAUCCACCAGACGCUCAACGUUCGGAUCCGCCGCCGCAUCCUAGGACCAUCGGUCAAAGGAAACGAAUGACCGACCAGCCGCCGACCGCCUAAUAAAUUAAAAACAACGCUGAAUCAAUUCUACACUGUAUUCCGAGAGAUCACGUUGUAUUCGACAAAUAGCUGAUUUGCCGAUUCCGCAGACUCAGAGAAAGUUUUUAAAGAUUAGAGACUUAUUUUGGCAUCACAUUAUAAUGCUUGUGAUUGAAAAUAUUACUGAAUUCUCAACAUUGUUUCCUGUCCUACUUGUACUACUGCUGUUUGCCUAUUGUUAGCGUACACUUCUGUUUAAAAUGUACGUUUGUUAAAAGCCUGUUUUCUCGAAACCGCUCUAUCAUAUUGUCCACUCGAGCAGGUUCGUAACUUGUGCUUGUUUUGAUUUAACCCUAUGAAAACAGAUUCAUGUUCUACCAGUCGCUGUCAUCUUGCCGCCUGAAUAAAAUCUCGACUGACUUAGAUGCAACGCUUUUCAUGUCACUCGUUUUUAAUUGAGUCUCUUUAAUUCCUACCUCAUGUCUCACUCGGUCACGUUAUCAUUCGUAUAAUACAAAUGUCCUUUGACUUGAUCUAUAAUGGGUGAAGUAAAGUGCCAUAUAGAUUCGUAUUAAAACUGCACUUUCCGCUUGAAACCUUCAUACAAAAGGCCGAAGGCAUUAAUUUAAACCUUAGUAAAUUCUAGUCUUGUCUUCUUUUUUUGAUCAAAAAUGACCCCUGUCCAAGAUGAAUGAAUGUUCAAUACUCUGUUUUGAAUAACUUGAAGCUUUGUGGUUCAUCAGGAUGGGUGAGUUAAAGUGAAGGUAAGUAGUAUUUCAAGCUGGAUUGUUUGGACUUUUGUUCUUCUUGUCAUGUUGCAUGUUAUUGAAUGUAUUCAUGAGCUAGCUGAUCCUGUAUGUUUUUUUUCCCCCAUUGAUGGUAUUAUUAUCUACAGUCAUUGUCUGUGGCUUUAAAGUGAUUUAUAUACAUAUAUAAAUCUUUCUCUUCACAGCCUUUCAGUAGAAACACAGCUGAAGUUUUCCUUAUAAUCAGCUCUAUCCAGACUAGGAACAGUUGUACAUGCUUCUAUGGUUAUUUUAAAACAAAAUGCAUUGCAUAAUAGAUAAUACAUACCUCAUGUGAACUUGCAAUACUCCAGUCAGCAGCUUCAAACUUCCUAAAUAAGUGUUUCUAAUGGGAAUGAUAAAUGAAACAUACGUUGUUGGUUUACUCAUCUAUUACAAGACCUCAUUUUUAUUAUUUGACUUUUGUUUGGCAUGAUGACCAAAAUGAGGUUAUGAACUAAUGAACAGAUUUUAAAAGUCAAGAUUUUAAGGUAAUAAAAUAAAUAUAAUUUAAAGUAAAAGAUAACAUCAACACAUUUAUAAAGACAUGGUGUAAGAUCAUUUGUGUGCUAAUUUUGAUUUAAUAUUGGUAUAAUUGGGUACUGAACUUGGUCAUGUAUAUUAGAUUUUGACUGAUCUUGAAUAUUUUAAGUUAUGUAUAAUAAAGAAAAUGCUUAUUUUUAUUUAACUUCAAAUACGGUUUUACUGCAUGUUGAACAAAAAAAAAAUCAGAAUUUUUCUUUGGCCCUUUUAUUUUCCUUUUGUUUAAAAAUAAUGAUUUGACUGACAUCACUUUUUAAAUAAGUAGGCCUGCAUAAAUUCCAUACUAACCAUACAUUAAAUUACUUUGUCCUGAAAUUGUGCACUGAUUUAGAGUAACUGCUGGUGCUUUGCAAGACUAUAACCACCUGUUUAUAACAAAGGAACCCUUUUCCUGGAAAUUUACAGCACACGUUGUACUGUUUCCUUAGAAUGACCCAUAUAAAAACUAACACAAGGUUAUUUUAUUUAAUUCUGAUGAUGAUUGUCAUACAGACAAUAGGAGUGAAGUAGGAUAUCCUAUGACAGCAGAUCAAAUGUACAUUUGUGAGAGGUUAGGACUUGUGGGUCUGGUCUGUUUAACACAAGAGCACUAGUAAAGAAGUAACUUUAGUUCAGAUCUAUAACCUCUAUAAAUGAAAUCCUGAGAAGAAUGCAAAGCUAUCCAAAAGGAAAUGCACUGAUUUAGCUCUUCAUUAUUUGUCAAUUUCACUUUCACAAUCUUUGUAAUGUAAAUGUGCUUGCAAUAAAUGCAGUGUGUAGUAACUUUUAUGCAGAUAACUGAUUAAAUGUGUGUAAUUUCCUUAAAUGCUCACUAAUGCCCAUUUCUCAAAUCUUUUGGGAAUAUCUGUUGGUGAAUAAAGGAAGCAUGGUGGUUAUUUCA